UUUUCAUCCUGCUAGGCUUAUAGGUUAGGCCUAUUUUUCAACGAUAGAAGUGCUCUCUGUUAAUUUAUGAAACAUCCUGACCACGUAUGGUUUAGUAAUAUUCGCCCUAGCGGUUUGAAAUGGUACUAUUGAAAAUGUUUCGAUGAAAUAGUGCGGAGCAGAAUUGACCCAGGGUGUCUCACAGUGGAGCAAUUUGUACGUGUAGUUAUCGUUGGAUUCUGAAUAUGGAUUCAGUUUUUAACCUGUUAAGGUCUUCCAAAGAUCUAAGAAACAGUUUUUCCCGGAGGAUCCAGAUUUUAACGUUAACAAUCCUCGAGGUUGUGUGUGUGACUUGUGUAAGGGGUGACAGUGACCCCCUGAUACUGCAGAAGAGUAAUAAUAUUCAAGUCAAGAGGUUCUGGGGGGUGCCUGACACCAUAGCAACAGCUGGAAAAUUAUUCAACUAUUCCAUUCCUGAAGAUGCUUUCACUGGAAAAGUGGAAAGUUACGAGGUACUGGAAGCUGGUGAAUUGACUCUCCCAAGAUGGUUACAUUUUGACCAAACAAGCCACAAGUUUCUUGGAGUUCCUACAUCCAGUGACAUAGACCAAUACUACAUCAGCGUCAAGGCUUUGGGACCACCUAGUGUAGAUGGGAAACUCUCCAGUGGAAAGGAUGUAUUCUCUAUUGAAGUGGUACCAGAGUUGCUCCCUUUUCCUCAGGAUGGACCCAAAUCUUAUUUUGGGAUAGAAUUUUUCAAGUGUUCCAACGGAGAGUCGGUCAGUGUUGCAAGCGUGUUUGUUGAUUGUUCCUUUGAUGAACUUAGUUCUACACAACGAGUCAGUAUUAUUACAAAAAUGGCUUCUUUUGCAGGAGUGCCCACAGAUUUGAUAAAAAUAUCUCCUAUUAAAAAAGAGUGGAAGAUUUCUGAUGAAUUAGCCACGGCUGCUGGUCCAGGAACUGUGAAAAAAAGAGGAAAGCCUGGAGUGAUCAUCCAGUAUCAAGUAAGCUGUUCUGGUCACAUCAGUAUUUCUCACAGUGACAAGAUUUCAGAAUUAGAGUGUGCAGUUGGAAAUGGGUCUUUAGGAAAAUCCCUAGGCUUUGGAGUUAUUGGCUGGAAUGUGGCUGACCAGCCGUUACUAGGUCGACGAGUAAAACGAGAAUUUAAUACUCAAGGAACUCCUGUCCUACAAGAAUCACUUCCUAGUAGAUGGCCAACAUUUUCGGAGGUAGAAGGUCCAGAAGAGCCUUUCGAUGACAGUAAGAUACCAGAGUCCCGAGUGAUCCCUUCUAUGGCCUCCCCAACAUUCUCCUUACCAUCCAAACAUCAUCGACAUCACCAUGGUGAAGACAUCAGUGAGGGAAAACAUGAACAUCACAGAGAUGCUGUUCAGGUGACACCAUCCCCUACGUAUAAUUAUCACUAUCUACCUACCACUUCACCACACUUUGCAAUGAUGACACCUGUUAUUCAACCAGAAAGGCCAAGUAUUUAUAUUUACCCAUCUGUCAAAGAAGAAUUGCAAUCGAGCAGAAUCAUCCCUGAUGAACUGACUCCUGUUGAGACCCUUCUUUCCUUCCAAACAUCACCUUUUAUUACACAAUCAGAUACAGAUGUGUUACCAACGUCAUUUAUGACAGCAUUAGUUAAAACAUCUGACGUCCAUCCCACCAAAAGUUAUAGUGUAGAGAAGCCUACCGAAAAACCAGUGAUACACAAAAAUUUCAAGCCAGUAGUUUGGAACCACAUUAAAAAGCUUCAAGCCUAUGCUGGCCAAGUAUGGCACUUUGAAAUUCCAUCAGAUACAUUCGUUGACCUUGAGGAUGGAGAUACCAGGAACCUGAAACUGAUAUUCAUGACAGAAAGAAGGACAGCAAUUUCACCCUCUUCGUGGAUUCAAUUUGAUCCAGAAAAGCAGAAGCUGUAUGCCCUUCCUAUGACAGAGAACAUAGGUAAGUAUGAAUUUAUCUUGGAAGCCAUGGAUAGUCAUGGGAUGUCCACAUUUGAUCAGUUUGAGAUCCAAGUUUGGGUAGAACAAUCAAUGUUUGUUCUUCAUCAUGAAUUUACGGUAAAUCUAAAAUAUGAGAAGUGGAAGUUCCCUGUUGAUAUUGACUGGCAGAUAGACGUGGUAAACAGGCUCGAAGAGCUCUAUGGAGACAGAGAUGGUGCUCACAUUUCUGUCUUGUCUGUGACCCAAGAUCCCACAUCAUUAACGUGGACAAACAUUUCUUUACCCCACUAUUCCUGCCCUUGGGAAGCAAUUGCUGAGUUGAUGAGGAAACUUGUCGCCAACGACAAGGGACGUCCAUCAAAAUCACUCAAACAAAUAAUGAAACCAGAUUUCAAUAUACAGAAGAUUCUUGUCAACUACCAUGGAAUAUGUAACCAGCUACCAAGUUCUACACCUACAUUCUUUAACUAUUCCCCUAUGAUAAAGAAUCCAAUAAACAGGAUUAAAAUCCAAGCUGGAGAAAUACUCCAGUUUUUUAUACCAGAAGACACUUUUUAUGACAAUGAAGAUGGCAUCACUCCCAACUUGAAAUUAAUAUUUUUAACACUUGACCAGGAAGAGCUUCCUACAUCGUCAUGGAUUCAGUUUGAUUCAGAUUCACUGAAACUUUUUGGACUUCCCCUUAAGGAAAAUAUUGGAAUUCAUGAAUUUCAGAUUCUUGCAGUUGAUAUGGAAGGCAAAACAGUUAGUGAUGCUUUUGUUGUCAUUGUGAAGUCUCAACCUGCCAUUCAUACGAGUGUUGAAUUCAGUAUGCACAUUGAUACAAACUUUGAGCAAUUUAACAAAAACACAGAAAUGAAGAUUCUUGUUGCACAGAAAUUAGCAAGUGCAUUUGGAGAUCCUAAUACUAAAUACAUAAGUGUCUCAUCAAUUACAAAUGGUUCAGUAAUAUACACAUGGACAAACAGUACACUUCCAUCAUUUCCCUGCCCAGAAGACACCAUAAGUGAACUUUUCAAUUUCAUGUUUGAAGACAGUGAAACAAUCUCAGAAAUAUUCAUCAAAGCAAUGGAACCAGAAUUCAGAAUCAGGCAGGUUGAAGUUCACCCACUGGGUGCAUGUGUGAAUGUUGUUGAUACAGCCUCUGCAGCUGUGACACCUAAAACACCAGUGAAAGAACAAGUAGGUGCAGAUGUUUAUAUUACUGCUGUUAUCCCUGCUGUGGUCAUAGCAAUCAUACUUAUUAUUGCUGUUAUGAUUGCCUGUUUUCUGUAUCGUCGAAGACACAGGGGAAAGAUGAAGAUGCAAGAUAACAGUUCUUACAUGAACAAAGGAAUACCCAUUAUUUUUGCAGAUGAGCUCGAUGAGAAGCCAGAAUCAACAACAUCACCAUCUCUUACAAACGAGGAGAAACCACCCAUCUCCAGUUCUGAGAAUGGUAUCUCUACAGAGGAGGCUGUCCAACGUACUUCGCUUCUUUCUGAAGGAUUAGAUGGUAGUCCCGAUGCAAGUUCCUCCCCUCCUUACCGUCCUCCACCUCCCUUCACCACAAACAGAGACAGCAAAAACAACAGACCAAAGACCACCCAAACAUAUAGGCAACCUCCUCCUCCUUACGUUCCUCCUUAACACUUAUUUGCAAUUGUCAUACGUAACCCUUUUUUUCUGGAACGUCAAAUUGGUAGAAAAAAAACCAAUGAUGUUGAACUAAAAAGUUUGUACUAAAGACAAAAACAUCGCAUUGUCUUCCACCCUUCAGUGGUGCCAAUUGUUGCUGUCUUUUUUAAUUUUUGUCAUGUUAGUUUUUUUAGUUACUUUAAAGUUGUAAAAUUCAUGCAAAAUGUUUUAUCAGAAAACAAGUUAUUUUUUUAAUAACCUUCAGUAUUGGACUUACUGCUGUAUCAAACCUAACAGACAAUGUGUUAAUAUAUAUGUACUGUGGAAGAAAUUCUGUGUUCAUCAGAAUUUGACAGCUAUUGUGGAAUAUACAAAAACAUUUUAGGAUUUUUAAACUAUAGAAUAUAAAAUGCUUUCAGGUCAUUCAAAGUGGGAUAAAACGUUUGCUAAAUAUAAAAGCAACUUUUUUACAACCUUCAAUGGUUGGAUGUUAUAACCGUUAAAGUUCUCAGGUUGAAAAAUUUUUUCCCACUUUGUAUGCAUACGAUAACAGCUUUAGUAAGAUUUAUGUUUUUAUAAAAUGUUUUUCGUUUAUUUUGCUUUAAGUUAAUUUAAAAAACUUGAUCUAAUCAAGACGUUAGUCAAUUUUAUUUUUGGCUCGACUGAAGAAUACCAUACUGUCCUUAAGAUAGUUUGUAAUAAAAGAAAAAUAUUGGUAUAACCAUAUUUGUGAACAUAAAAAGAUUCUUUGCAUGUGUUUAUAUGACUCAUGUAGUUCUACUUACCUAAGAUUAUAUACAUAUAUAUUUUAAGAACGUUAAACAUGAGACACAAAAUAUUAUUCCCCUUUUUUUUCCCCAUAUCUUCAAAUCAGAAAGUUUCUCCAGUAACAAAUCAUGUAUUUAUAGCAUAAAAAAGUUUAUUCUCACGUGUUUGGUGUUAUACAUUAUGAAUCUGUUCAAUAUGCAGCUUCUCAGGGAUUAGGUAAUACCAUGUUAUCCACUGUAUCAUAUUCUGAUGGUGUAUUUCGAGUUGUGUUUUUACUUGUCGAACUAUGUAUUGUAAUACGUCAUGAUCUGUACUAUAACAUUGAAGUUUCCCAUAUUAUAAAUACUAUUUUCUUUUUCUACUUAUAAGACUAUUUUACGGUAACAAAGUAUGAAUGAAAAAAACGAGUGUAAUUACUUAUCAUUUCCAUAUUGUGUUUGGAAUUGAAAUCAACCUAGGGUAAACUUUUAAAAUAAUAUGUAAAACGGCUAGGCAAACAUGAAAGCCAUCCAAAAAAGGGAUAUAUUUCAAGCAUUUACUAGUUAACAUGUUCCUUUUCAUGUUACUUUAAUUGCUUGUUAUCUAUGUUGAGGUUCAGGACUUGACAUUAUUGAAAUACUCUAUUUUUAGUUGGGCUAUAACAAGCAAAAAUACAUCCUGCGAUUUGUUCAGGCAUACAUUAAAACACUAGAAUUAUAGUUUGUUGUUAUUACAACUG